AUGGAGGGAUUUCCGACCACCCCCGCUUCUCGAGAGACCCCGGCGACAAGCGAGCAAGCUACCGAUGCGCUGCAGGUCAAGGCAGGCAAGCAAACUAAGAAGCCAAAGCAGCCCAAGGCUAAGCCAGCAGCUGGUGAAGUCAAGGCUGGAGAGAUGAGAGAGGAGGAAGAGCUGGAAGACCCGCCCGCAGCUCACACUGACUCAACGCCCGUUGCCAGGCAGGCCCCUCAUGUCGGGGAGCGGGAAGCUCAGGUGCACGAGGCCUCAGCGGCAGACGACGCGCGUGAGCAUGAAUGUCAGUAA